UUCAGUACAAAUGAACACACAAUGGAACAUGCACAAAAAUCCUGUGCUACAAAAAACUAUUUUUUUCUCCUCCACUUCACAUAGCAGAAGCUCCAAUAGAAUGACUCUGCUGCCUUCUUGUGGUGAAGAAUAAAGUCAUGCAACAUGAGGAGUUGGUUUGUUGUCAUCUCCACAGCAACAGCUCAGUUACCUGUUCUUCAGAAAAGAAGAAAGGAACCACCACAAGAAAGAGAAGAAUCGGGUUUUCAUCCCACCAUGACCUCUUCAGCCUUCUCCAGAGAUGCACAGCUGAAGAGUAUGGAGUUGACUAUAAGCAAUGCUGAGAAGUACAUGGGUCAGUUCUGCACGCUGCUCGCCGCGUACACCCGCAAAACGGCCAAACUGAGAGACAAAGCCGACUCACUCGUCCAGCAGCUGCACGAAUACGCCAGCACCGAAGGCCCUGAGCUCAGAAUCUGCCUGAAGAACUUCUCCGAAGAUUUAGCCAUGGUGCAGGAUUACAGACAGGCUGAGGUUGAGAGGCUGGAAACGCGUGUGGUCGCUCCUUUUAAGGCAUAUGGGAAUAUUGUGAAAACUAAACGAGCAGAUUUGAAGAGGUUUAGUGCGGAUCGUAACAGGGAGAUAAAGGAGCUGCAGAGGUUGGAAAAGCUCCGGCUGAAGAACCCAGGAGACAGACAGAGCAUCACACAGGCUGAAACAAAUGUGCAGAAAGCCAGCAGCAAUGCCAACAGGAGCUCCAGGCAAAUGGAGGAGACCAUCACUGACUUCCAGAGACAGAAACUGUGGGAUGUAAAGAGUAUCUUCACCGAGUUCAUCAUGGUGGAGAUGCUCUUCCAUGCCAAAGCUCUGGAAGUUUAUACACACACCUUCAACAACCUGGAAACUAUGGACAUUGACAAAGAUCUAGAGUUUUUCAGGAAUCAAAUCCAGAUUUCUGGUCCUCUUUGGGAAAACACAACUCCCAUCACUGGUGUGCCUCAAUACCCGAGUCCCACUCAGUCUACACUCAGACUGACUCACCAGCCGAGCCUCUCUAACCCCAUGCGAACCUCGGAUCAGCCGAAAAAGUCUCUGAACAGAACUUUCCGCAGACAGCAGGAGAUGGAUGAGGAGGAGGAAGAGGAGGAAGAAGAGGAGGAGGAGGAAGAAGAAGAGGAGGAGGAGAGAUACGACACUGAGGAAGACGUGGAGGAGCCACAGACUUUACGACAAUCCUAUGCUGCUCAGUAUACCACAACUCGCAGACAGAAAUGAGAAGUGUUCAUCAAUUCAUCAUGUGUGUAAAAAGUGUGUAAAAAAUAUAGUGAACAUGUGAUAUGGCGUGUAAUUUAUUGACGAUAAAUUUUGUAAAUGAUCUAAAUACGAAGAGCAGAACCUACUGCCCAAUCAAAACAUUAUUAUUAUUAUUAUUAUUAUUAUUAUUAUUAUUAUUAUAUGCUGUACUGUAUUCUAAUGACGAAAAUUAAAUAUUGCUAAUUAUUAGUAUUGCCGAGUAUAAAUAGACCUAAACAGAUGUACAAUACAAGAGUUUAUAUGUCGUUAAAUCUAAAAUCCACUUCUAUGAUUACUUCAAUAUUGCAAACAGACUUUAUCAUAAACACUACAAGGCUUUAAUAUGCUUUUGUAACAAUAUAGACUCAACAAGAAGAUGUUAAUUGUUCUGCUGACUUUCACAUUUAAUAGACUUGUUGAUUGUGUGAUGAUGUCAAUAAAGCCUUUCUUAAAAAAAAGAAAAAAAGUAAACAAAAUAUUGAAAUUAUUCCACUCUUAAUUUGGGUCGGUAAAUGACCCAUCGUCAACAGAUGUAUGAAUGCUAGAGUCUCAUGUUGAACAAAGAGGACCAGGCUGCAACCCGAGGCAAUGUGAAAGUCUCAGUCAGGAGAGGGCACCAACGUUUACAAGCUACAGAUCAUUGUGCUAUUCUACACCCUCUGAAUUCUCCACCCUUCACAGUGAAAAGUCUUAUAAUGGAUCCAUUUGUAGGGGUCGAAAUUAACAUCCACGUGGAACGCACUUAACACUUAUUGCAUGUAAACAGGAAUGUAUUGAUGUAUUGCAGUUUAAUACUUUAAUAAUGAGUAAAGACCAAAUGGACAAAAACAUCUUCCAGACACUGCCAACAAUUUCAUUUAGCGGCUCACUUUGUUAGGAUUUUGUAAAUUGAAAGACGCAAACAAAUACAAAUGCAUGAGCUGUG